AAUGGCGUCCUUAAGAUUUAAUCUGAUUUUCUUGAUCCUUAUUCCAGCAGGUUUAACAGAGAACUGUCCAAAUGGUUGGUUAAUAUAUGAUUCUUCAUGUUAUCUCAUUAGUCAGACAAGUGUGGAUUGGGCAGACUCGGUGACAUUUUGUAAAGCAUUUGGAUCAAAACUUGUAGAGAUAGAAUCACAAAAAGAGGAUAAUUUCAUCCAGACGACAUUAAAACAUAAACACGAACACGAUUCUGCUCCACCACAUGGAUACUGGCUAGGACUGACAGAUGUCGUUAUACAAAAUGAAUGGACAUGGAUUGAAAGUGGAAGAGAAUUGUCCAACAUGUAUAGUCAUUGGGAGAAAGGGCAACCAGACUCCCGUCAAAGCGAAAAUUGUGGAAUACUUUGGCACAGUACAGGAUUCACAUGGCAUGAUGACUUCUGUUCAGACAAGCUAGCCUUCUUCAUCUGUGAAAAAGAGUAUGUAUGA